UAACAUUGCAUGACCUUGCAUAUGUUUGUAAACACACAGCCACGUUGAUCUGUUUGUAAGAUAGUGUAGCGUUCUUGUGAAUUUCCCCUUUUGCAAAGUGCUUUUCCACCCCCAAAAUGGAUUUCCAGGAGAUGUCAGUGAUCGAGGAGCAAACCACGACGGAGGGCCCUCACAGGAAGGAGUCAGGAAAGCGGGGACGCAAACCGGGCCGAAAAUCGAGCGAUAAAGUUGACAUGAAAGCUAAAUUAGAACGUAGUCGACAAAGUGCUAGAGAAUGUAGAGCGAGGAAAAAGCUGCGAUACCAAUAUUUGGAGGAACUCGUCGCUGAUAGGGAAAAGGCCGUUUUUGCACUCAGGAAAGAGCUUGAAAAGUUUCAAGUAUGGGCGAAGGAAAUCGACGAGGGUAGAAUACCGGAGGAUAUUCAUACGAUUUUGGAGGAUGUGGGGGCCCUGAAGAAGGAAAAGCAACUCCCAAUGUGAUAAUUUAAUUUUUGUGACCAUAUUAUAUGUUUAAAACACACUAAAAUAGACCUAUAUUGUUAUUAUUAUUUUACUACAAAAUACAACGUUUUAUAAUUGUA